UCUAAAAUUUCGCUAUUGCCGUGCAGCUUAUUCGAGACAUGGCGUCAGAACCGAAAAGACCAAGGGUUGCAUCUGAUUCCUCGGAACGUAGCACCGAUAGCUUACAAAAUGACACAGUUCACGAUUCCAUCCAAGCUCUAGAAGGAUCCCCUCAGACUCAUAGUAAAGAUAUCGGAAUAACGGAAAGCGACACUGGCAGUGGGAUAAGCAUUCAGUUCAUUCCUUCACAGAGUAGUGAUAAUAACCAGUUUUCAAAAAUCCCAAAUAAUCUUAGUAACUGGGACAGAAAACACCUUGACAAACUUAACAUUAAAGUGUCAUUUCAACCAGACAUGUCUCCUUUGAAACUUAUAAGGAAAAUCCAGAAAACGGGGCUUCAAAUUCACGAAGUUCGAAAGAUGAAGUCAGAUGAAGAGGAAAAAAAGAUCGCAUCAUUGGUUACAUAUGUAAAACAAAGCAAAUUUAUGGAGAUGCUGGCUAAAAUAAACUAUACGACAUUUGAUGAAGUAAACAGAAACUGUAUGAGGGGUAUAGACAUGUAUGCAGAUGACAGGUAUAUGUGUUCCUUUAUUCCUGACGGUUUACCAGAAAACCUCAAAUUAUGGUUCUACAGGUUUCAUACUCAUGGGAAAAUGUUUGCACAUGUUCUUCACAAGAUGGUGGAGAACAAGGAAGAAGGAGUUCCCAUCCAUGAUUGUCAUUUUCAACAUUUAUUUGACACAUUUGCAAAGAUGUUUGGGUUACAGAGUGAUAUAAGUACCGUGCCAUGUGUACAAGUGCCAAAAAUGACAGUCAUGGAUACAGAAGUUUGUGGAGCAGCAAAUAUAAUAUAUUCUCGGCAUUGUCUAAAACUUCCUGUAGAUGUUGAAAUGAAAAAUUCCUGUAUAGUGGCAGUGUGUAAGGUGAAGAAGGAACAGCCUGUUUUAGCAGAGAGCAAAUCGAAUGCUUCACCACCACGCAGCAAAAUAAGAGAGAAAACAAAAAGCAAACAAAAACUGUUAGCUGAUUCAUGUGAUAGUUCAGAAAUAUCUUCAUCGUCCGUUACAUUGGGAUCAAAUGCAGGUCUUCCACACUUGUCAGACAAACUGAUUGGACAACACGGGGGAGAAUUGUUGAUUAAUUACCACCAGUCUAAUAGAUACAAUUUGAUUAUUGGAAUGGUUGUUCAACAGACACAGAUCACCUUUACUACGCUUGAUAUGACAGAAGGUCAGUACGAGAGAAUAAAAAAUGGGAAAUUUAAGCAUACGGACAAGGAAAGGCCAGUUUUCACAUUUACCAAAGCAUAUGAUUAUCUUAGAGAAGAGGACUUGGAAAGCAUCAUUGAGCCAAUGAUACGGCUAGGUUUAGAACAGAAUAAGUGACGAGUGUUCUGCUGUUAGUGCUUUAAGGUAUAUAAAUUUACAUCAGAUUUAAAAAUGCAGCAUCCAUGUACAACACAAGCAUUGUUUACUGUGUAUAUUAGUUAUGCAAUGUAUUUUGUCAGGAGAUACUUAUUUCAGGUCCAUAAAUUCUGCUUUAUGAAUAUUAUUAUUGCAAACAAAUAUUGAUUUGCUUUAGAACUUACAUAUGAUUUGUAUUGACCAUAACUUAAGUUGAAUAUUUUGAAAGAAAUACUUCCUGAAUGAUGCUAUCUGUUUAAUAAUUUGAUUGUGAAACUGAGGAGUUUCAAAUGAUUAGAUCUUUUUAUUAUAUAUUUUUUUUCAGUGAAAAUGUCUGUGCAAUAUUAGUAUAAACUAUUGUGUUGAUAAUGAUGCUUUCUUGAUGACCUGUUGCAUAUUAAUUUUUUAUUUGUCAUGUUAAUAUUUUUACUGAAUUCUUGCAAUAAAUACUUUUAGGUAUCCUGAUUAACGCAGGUCACCUAUUGCAAUUACCAGGUAGUUUUCAUCCAUUGUUGUGUAUGAACAAUUGAACAUUUAUGAAAUAUUCAUGAAAACUACUUGGUCAGAUGUGAUAUGAUUCAUCUUAGGGAGGAAGAGGAACAACAAUUGUAAAUUUUUUUACUCUAGCUCCACAGGGGCCUAGGGGCAGGGAAGUCAUCGCAAAAAUUGACAAAUAUUCCUGCACAUCUGAAAGUAAAACUGAAUUCUCCGUUGUUAAGACCAAGAAGUUCUAUACCAAAAUUGUAUUUUUUUUUUCAUGUCUACUGUUUAAGUUUUUGAAGCAAAUGCCUUUUGAUGACCAUAUCUGAGUUACCAAAAUUGAAUAGAAUGUGCAUAUUGUGAUACUGAAGUACUCACCUGACUUGAAUCGCAGCUUAAGAUUUUGGAUGGUAGAUAAUAUUAAGGUUUAUGGAGGAGGUCACAUAUCCAUGGAAAUGAAGGUCUUUACCUAUUCAAACUCGCAUGGUUAAUAUACAUGUAAAUAUGUUAUUAAAUUACAUACCUAGCUUCAGAUACAGAAAUUGAUUUUGAUUAUUCAGAUGCUAAGGCAGGUUGAAGAUUAUAGAAAAAAUCAAAUUGUGUUAGGGUAGAUUCAUCAGUGGUAAAGAAAAUGGUUCUGGAAUUUAGCAAAUAGAGUGAACCAUCAAACCACAAAGAAUGGAGGUGUCUGACUGUUACAAAGAAAGUUUCCUCUUAAUAUAGUCAAUUAUAUCAGAUUUAUCAGAGUCAGCUGGGUUACCUACAAUUUCAUUUUCAUGUUUAUUAUUUCUGUGUAUAUCCAGUUUGCGUGAUUGUCGAGAUAUUAAUAAAAGUGAAUGAUAAACUAACAUAAAUGCAUUCAUAACUACACUUCGUUAGGUAAACUUCACUGUGAAUUCUAUUUGUCAUUACAUAUUGCAUCAGCC